AUGGGUGUUCCGUUCCCAGAUAUUAAUCCAUAUGAGGUGCUUGGUGUUCAGCCUGAUGCAUCGCCUAUCAUCAUCAAGAGAACUUACAAAAAAUUAUGUUUAAAACACCACCCAGAUAAGAAGCAUCAACAACGCAAAGCGCACGGCGCAGCCGCAGCGAAGGCAACGGCAACGACAACGGCAACGACAACAGCAACGAGAACUAGGGGGGUUAAUGCGGAAGGGCAAAUGAACAAUGAUGGAAACGAAAACUACGGUGAAGACAACGGAGAGCAGGACGACGAUGACGAUGAAGAGAUGUUUACAAAAAUACAAUUUGCAUUUAGCAUUCUUAAUGAUCCAGUAAAGAGAAACCGUUAUGACACAUUGGGAUCACUUUCUGAGGUUGAUUUCGGCGAUGGCGAUGGCGAUGGCGAUGAAGGAUUCAACUGGAAGGAGUAUUUCGACUCCAUCAACCAAAAAAUCACUAUUGAAAUGAUUGAAGAGGAUAAAAUGAAAUAUCAAGGUUCUGAGGAAGAGAAACAUGAUAUCAUUGCCGAAUUCAUCUAUUAUGAAGGCGAUUUUCUUAAACUAUUUGAAGUCAUCCCUCAUUUAGAAUUCACCGAGUUUGAAGAACAAAGAGUAUACAAAAUUAUUGAAGGCGAGCUACAAGAAAUGAAAGAUGUGGAUUCCUCGAUCACUAAGCUGUGGGAGAAAUAUACAAAGAGUAGAAAGACAAAAGUCAAGAAUAUGUUGAGCAAAUUGGCCAAAGAGGCGAAAGAAGCAAAAGAAUUGGAAAAGAAAUUGCUACUAAAGGAUAAACGCGGUAACAAAGGUUCUGACUUGAAAAGCAUGAUACGCAGUCGACAGAAUAAUCGAAUGGACCUGCUCAUUGCCAACUUGGAGUCAAAGUAUGCUGAUAAGAAAGGCAGAAAGAGACAUUCUAGAGACAUUGACGAUGAUGAGUUUGAAAGGAUUCAACAGGAAAUGAUGAAAAAGAAGCAAACACAUUAA